ACCAGCUUGUCGUUGCGAUCAGCCAUCAAGAUGCCGAGCCACAAGACCUUCCGCACCAAGCAAAAGCUUGCUAAGGCUCAGCGCCAGAACCGCCCUAUCCCCCAGUGGAUUCGCCUGCGCACUGGCAACACCAUCCGGUAA